AAAUACUUUAGCUUUAUUUACUCCGUGCCUGCAAGCAGGAAGUAAAAACAAAUCUAAACAUGAGCGGUGUUUAUUUGUGUGUUUAGCAGAGAUUUUUGAUGUCAUUUUAAAUACCCGGCAGAGAUGUCGUCAACAGAUUUGGUUUUGAUUGACAGGUCAGACCUCACUUACCUGCUCAUAUCCUGUUUCACCUGGUCCACACUGUACUUCAUACUCUGUAUUCUCAAUCCAAAACGCAGCUAUGAGUGGCACAUACGGACGGUCACUCUGAUACAUGCAACAUUAGUUACAAUAUUAGGUGCAUACGGUGCUAUAGUUCUGGGACCAUGGCCAUUUACUCAUGCAGGUGGCUACAGCACUCCAUAUCAACAUUUUGUGAUCACCAUAUCACUUGCUUACUUCUUACUUGAUCUCUCAUGGUGUCUGUACUUCAGGACAGAAGGCCCAGUAAUGUUGGUCCAUCACACAAUGAGUAUUGCAGGACUCGGUGUAUGUUUCGUGUUGAAGUACUACGGAAUAGAGAUGAUAACUACUUUAUUUGGGUCAGAGAUCACCAAUCCAUUGUUGCAGUCACGUUGGUUUCUCAGGGAAACAAGUAACUAUGAUACUCUACUUGGUGACGUUGUAGAUAUAGCUUUCAUGGGCUUGUUCGGAUUUUUUCGGAUAAUCCUCGGAACUAUACUGUUGUAUUCAUACUUCGGACAAGAGGGUACAGAUUGGCUGGGUAAACUGGCCGGUUGUCUUAUUUAUAGUAUGGGGUGGGUAUUCUGGGUAAGUAUAGUGCAGUACGGAAUUAAGAAGUACAAAAGGAAGUAUGGUAAAUCAAAAUCUAGGUCAAAAGUGACUAAUAAUAAUAUAGAUUUGAAUGGUAAGGAAAACAGCAAGCUCAAAUCAAAUGUUGGUGUUGAACCUUUGAAUGGACAUGUUUUGAGAAAAGAGAAUGGUUCAGUUUUGAAUGGGGAUUUACACAGAAGACAUGUAAACGGAGACAUUAAAGGAGCAGAGAGUGUGACACAGAAUGGUUCAAGUUGAAAGUUGAACGGCUAGCUCUGACAGUGUUCACUGUGAUCAUGUAACUCUUGUGCACUUUGAAUUUGUAUGUUUUAUCUCAUAUGUUUGAUAUUAUAUUUAUAAUUUGAUAAAUGUAGCUAGAUAUUUCUUAAUAUAACAGCAUGCAUUCCAUUUACUUGGCUUCAGCCAGUGUCUUUGCUUAAAAAACAGUUUGGAAACCAGUCUCAGAAGGACAGCAUCUAAUUGGCUGUUUCAGAAAACAGUUUUGAAAUUGACCAAUGACAAUGUUGCAUUUUGAGACUGGUCCACAAAUUCAGUUCUGUAACUCUGGAAUGGAAUGAUACCUGUUCUGUUAUUCAUCCCACCUGCAUGAUAGUUUUGUAUUUUAAUUGGAACAUGACAAUGUUAAUAUAAGACAAUCAUGAUAGCCAUUUAGUAUAUCUUAAGUUAUUACAAUGAUUGUUGGAUAAUUGAAAGAUUUUAUUUUAACCAGUUCAUGAAGGCAUGUAAUAUAAUUUCCUUAAAUUUUUUAUUUAUUUAAAGGCGAUCGCUACAGUUCCUGUAUAUGAGAUGGGCAAAAAAGUGAC